AUGGGAAAGAAAUCCAAAGAAGGCGGAGGGAAAAAACACAAAAAACACAAAUCAAAAAAAGAUAAAAAAGACAAAAAUGGUGACAAGAGUAAAUCGGAAUCAGAAAGAGACAGGGCAGACAGUGUAGUAACAGAGCAUCAUGAAACAACAGAGGAAGUAGUCAAUCCAGAUGAGGAUAGAAAAGGAAGCAUCGUGGGAAAGGGCGACAGGGCAUCGCAGGUUUUAGACGAGUUAAGAAAGUCACACAGAGAGACCAGAAAGUCGUCGAGAAGAGGGUCGAGGAAAAUGUCGAGACAAUCUGUGACAAACGAGGGUGAAGGGAACCCUUUUGAGAACUUAUCGCAUUCGACUGCCGCAGCAGAAGCAGCAGCACCACCCCUGCCAGCCAUGUACAGCGACAUGAUUAAUUUGAUUGAUCUGAAUUUGGUGGAGGAGCAUGUCCUUCGCAAGGUUAUCAAGAAGGAUGAAGACUAUAAGAAAACAGUGAAUGAGAGACUUAGCGUUCUCGUUCGCGAGAUCAAAAUGAUUCGCUCCUGGGAGGAAGAGACUUUAGCCAAAGAGCCACCAAAAGGAAAGAAAAAGAAACCGUUGGAUGUCAACAAAAUAUGUGUGCGCUGUCGGAGGCCAUAUGGGAUUCUGGGCGCCAUCAAAUGGGUGUUUGUAAAGAAGCCGAGAUGCCAGCGGUGCAAUUACUACACCUGUAAACAGUGUCGUCAUAAGCAGGUCAACGGAAAAUGGCUGUGUUCGCUGUGUGUGCGAUACAGAGAGUUGCAGCAUCUUACCGGAGAAUGGUUUCCCUACAGACGAUGCAAGGGCAUCACCGGAAGUGAGCUUGUCAUGGCUUCGCUGAGGAUUUUGGAACAAAACCCACAUCUACGAGACAAACCGGUUGUAGAGGAGGCACCGCCACCAACCCAGUUCAUGAAGAAGUCGCCCAAAUCGGGAAAGCACAGAAUACGGCGAAAAUCUUCCGUUAGAAUUAGCAGAACAUCUUCUCAGCCGAAAGGAAAAGGUGGAAGGAAACCGACAGUCGCCGAUGCAGGUCGCAGAUCAACUAUGACCGCGGCACCGUUUGGACGCAGAAAAUCAACCUUGAAAGAUUUAGAUCGCAGGAAAUCCUCAGUAACCGUCGCUCAAGGGCGUCCUAGUAUAGCGCAAUCAGAGGUUGCAAAGGCGGAGGCAGAUUCAGAACAAGCAGCGGAUGCAGCAACAGUAACUGAAGGAGAGGUAUCUGAAGCUGCAGAGCCAUCUGAAGCAGCGGCUGAAGACAAGGAUGCUGGCAACAAAGGGGGCGAUGAUGACGCUAAUCCGUCUGAAAAGAAGAAAAAUUCAUCAAAGAAGGAUAAGGGGAAGGAUAAGGGCAAGAAAAAGGGUAAAGGAGGAAAGAAAGGGAAGGGCAAAGGGAAAGGAAAAGGAAAUGUGAAUGUUUCUUUUGCCACAGAAGGAAGGGGUAUCUGGAAUAACAGCUAUGAAGAGAGAAACAGCAGAGCCACGGAAAGUAGUGGAAGUAGCCGAACGUUUACGGAAUCUACCGAUUCCACAAGUGUAUCAAACGCAAGCAGUGACUACUCAAUGCCGAUUGGAACUUCGGCUGCCGAAGAAGAAAGACAACGCCGAAGAAAAAUCGCGAGAAAGUUAUCUGGAAGUUUCUUUGAGAAAAUAAAACAACCUGUUUAUUCCAGUCACUCAAAUAAACACUUGGAUUCUAAUAAAAACGAAGAUAACAAAUAUCAAGGUGAGCAGUUGAGCAAGUCUUCCUCUGACAUCAAAAGUUGGAUCACUUAUGUGAACAAGAAACGACAGUUUCUGUGUAAACGACAUACACACCAAGAAAGUAAGAAAAAAAGUAUGGUCUCUAACCCUUACUGCUUGUCCGAGAUGGAAAAUGUUGGGGAACAUUCAGUCAGUUUCGAUACAAAUGUCGUGAAAGAAAAAGCAUGCCAAGAGCAUUUGCAGGGCUCUUCAACAAGUAACGCCCUGACGUUAAAGACCUUAUGGGAGCCGACACAGUCUAUCCAGGUAGGCACACUUGACGAUUUCACAAAACGUACAGAUACAUCAAAGCACAAACAAGACAUAAUUAGCACAGAAACACAUCAAAUUUCCAAAAGAGAGCUUUGUCCAUCAGCAACUAAAAGUGACACUUUACAAAACUACGCUGAUACUACUAGUUCUCCAAACAAGCAAAACAAAUAUUCUUCUGAUAUUUCAAAAAUUGACAAAGACACAAGGAAGUCGACAGGAAAACACACAGAGAAAAACGAUUUCAAGAAGUCAGCAAGAAAACAAGCAGAUGUUGUUAAUUCAAACACAAUAAGAAAACACGCAGAGACUGACAAUUUACAAAAGCCAAUAAAAUACGCGGAAAAAGCAGAAUUAAGUGAAGCUGAUAUAAAAAUAAGCAGAGAGAUCAACAAAGAUGACAGUGGAUUGAUAAAGCAUUACAUGAAAUCCUCGCCAUCACCUGAGACAAUUUCACCAUCUCGACUAAGUACAAAACACCGCCCUGGGAAAAUACGUCCACAAACCACGAGCAACACAGAAAUCAGACUUUCUGAUAGUUUUGUCAUUGACAAACAAGAAUGUGGCAGAGAUAACGGUAGUUUCCUUUUUCCACAUUUGAACAAGAGCACGAUGUUGCGACGGCUGAAAUGUCCAGUGUCAUAUAUGUUUGAGUAUAAUGCCUCGGCGUCUUCGCCUGUCAUACACAAUGAUGAUCAGUAUGCACAAGAUUGGAACAUCAACUUUCCACACCGACCUAAGGCAAAAAGGAAGUCGAAGGCAUCGAAGAAACCGGAGAAAAGCAAGACUUCGCAGAAAGGCAAGACUCCACAGAAAGGCAAGACUUCGCAGAAAGGCAAGACUUCGCAGAAAGGCAAGACUUCGCAGAAAGAGCAGCCAAAUAAGAAAAGCACAGCCGUGGAGAAAGACGACAAAUCAGAGAAAGACGACAAAUCAGAGAAAGGCGCUAAACUGGGAAAAGGAAAGAUAGAAAAAGCUGGAAGCGACAAAAAAGGGGGCAAAGCAAAGAAUAAAUCCAAGUCAUUGGCGAAAACAGAAUCCGAUACCAACAUGAAAGCAUCAUCAGAAGCUUCUAAGAAAAAAAAGAAGGAAAAGAGCGAAACCUUCGCGACUUUAAUGUAUAAACCUUCCAAACUAGGCCUAGACUUUCUCAGUUCAGGCAGCAUCAGACCUCCACCGCCGCCUCCUCGAGUGAAAAUGCAAAGCACUGAAGUGCAGACGGAAUUCAAACGAAAAGGAACCAGAUGCAUUGUGUGCCCGUUCUGUAGAGUGUAUUGUGACUACGGCAAAGAGCAAUUUACAUAA